AUGAACAAAAAGAGGGAGAUGGAGUUCCAGAAACUUCGCAGAGACCUCGAAGAGGCCACUCUGCAGCACGAGGCUACAGCUGCCACACUCAGGAAGAAACAAGCUGACAGUGUGGCUGACCUGGGGGAGCAGGUAGACAACCUGCAGAGAGUGAAGCAGAAACUGGAGAAGGAGAAGAGCGAUCUUAGGCUAGGGCUGGAUGAUGUCCUCUCCAACAUGGAACAUGUUGCAAAGUCAAAGGUAAAAAGUCCAUCUAAGUGAAAGUACAAUUUUUUUUCCAUUUGGUCACUGUUUACCUCUUGAAUUCAUUUUUUUUGUCUUUCAUCUUGAAGAUUAACUUGGAGAAGUUGAGUAGAACUCUAGAGGACCAAGCCAAUGAAUACAGAACCAAGUAUGAGGAAAGGCAAAGAUCCCUCAAUGACAUUACAACUCAGAAAGCCCGACUUCAAGCCGAGAAUGGUAGGUAGAAUAACUUCUGUCUCUGGAUAUUGCAAUAAAGAAGCUGAAUGAGGUAACAAGCUAAAGUCUAUUCCUCAACCUCUUACUUUCUAGAUGAGAUUGGUAGACAGUUGGAAGAUAAGGAAUCUCUUGUCUCUCAGCUGACCAGAGGAAAGAAUUCCUACAGUCAACAGCUUGAAGAUCUAAAGAGACAGCUGGAGGAGGAAGUCAAGGUCAUUUAGAACAUUCAUUUUCUUAUUGAUAAAUGAUGAUGCCUUCAUCAUAAAAUGAAUGCCCUCUGUCCUUGCUCCCUUCAGGCAAAGACUGCACUAUCCCAUGCAGUGCAGUCUGCUCGCCAUGACUGUGACCUGCUUAGAGAGCAGUAUGAGGAGGAGCAGGAGGCCAAGGCUGACCUGCAGCGUGGCAUGUCCAAGGCUAACUCUGAGGUGGCUCAGUGGAGAACUAAGUAUGAGACUGAUGCCAUUCAGAAAACUGAAGAACUGGAGGAAGCCACGUAAGGAAUGAGUGCUAUUUUUUAGAAUCCUAAUUCCUGCUAAAUAGCAGCAACAUUCCUCAAUGCGCAAAUAGUGCUAAGUAAAUUGCCUGAAGUUUGGAGAAGCCAUGAAAUGAUAUACCACAUUUUCUACUUUGUCUCUUCAUCUACAACUCAGGAAGAAGCUGGCUCAGCGCCUGCAGGACGCUGAAGAAGCUGUGGAGGCUGUGAACACUAAGUGUUCCUCCCUAGAGAAGACCAAACACAGACUGCAGAAUGAGAUUGAAGAUCUCAUGGUGGAUGUGGAGAGGUCUAAUGCUGCUGCUGCUGCCCUGGACAAGAAGCAAAGAAACUUUGACAAAAUAUGCAAUGCAGUUCUUCAAAUCACACGUGUAUCUGAAUUCCUGAAUUCUACACAGCAGAAACAAAAUCAUAGGCGUACUUCAACACUUAUAAAAGAGUCAUGAUUGAAGUCAAAUGGCUGCUGUAUUAUAUAAUGUAGGUCCUGGCUGAAUGGAAGCAGAAGUAUGAGGAGUCUCAGUGUGAGCUGGAGAGCUCCCAGAAGGAGGCCAGGUAUCUGAGCACUGAACUCUUCAAGCUAAAUAACUAAUUUUACAUUUACAUUUUAGUCAUUUAGCAGACGCUCUUAUCCAGAGCGACUUACAGUUAGUGAGUGCAUACAUUUUUCAUACUGGCCCCCCGUGGGAAACGAACAACCCUGACGUUGCAAGCGCCAUGCUCUACCAACUGAGCUACAGGAGGCCUACUCCAACUCCUAUGAAUAAUCUUUGGAUCAGCUGGAGACAAUGAAGAGGGAGAACAAGAACCUUCAAGGUGAGUAAAGAGCUCUUUGCUUUAAAUGUUUUCAGCUCUGCCAAUGUUCACAUCCAUGCACUGAAGAGCAAACAGCUCUUUUAUGAACCAAGGUUCUGCAAGUGCCCAAUAUAGUUUUCAUAUAUCUUCAUUGCAACACCUUUUUCUCAGAGGAGAUAACUGAUCUGAGUGAGCAGCUUGGUUUGGGAGGAAAGACAAUUCAUUAGUUGGAGAAGGUCCAUAAACAGUUAGAGCAAGAGAAGGUAGAGAUCCAGGCUGCUCUGGAGGAAGCUGAGGUAAGAGUGCAAUUUCAAAUCUUCCCUGGUUCUGUCUGGAUUGGCCAUUUUACAUCAACCACUGUCAUUUUCAGUUUGAAUCUUCUGAUGUGUAUUCUAGGCCUCCCUGGAGCACGAGGAGGGAAAGAUCCUCAGAAUUCAGCUGGAGUUAAAUCAGGUCAAGGCUGACACUGAUCGCAAGUUAGCUGAGAAGGAUGAGGAGAUGGAGAAGUCCAAGAGAAACCUUCAGAGGAACAUUGAUACCCUGCAGAGUCCUCUUGAGGCAGAGUGCCGAAGCAGGAAUGAGGCCCUCAGGCUAAAGAAGAAGAUGGAGGGAGACCUCAAUGAGAUGGAGAUCCAGCUUAGUCAAGCCAGCAGGCAGGCAGCUGAGGCCCAAAAACAGAUGAAGAGUGUUCAUGCUCAUCUGAAGGUAAAUCCAAACAGAUUGCCAUCUGUCUGGGCACAAACUGACUGAAUCAACGUUGUUUCAACAUAAUUUGUCAACAUAUUGUGAUGUGGAAUCUAUGUGGAAAAUACAUUGGAUUUUAAAAAGUAAUCAACGUAAACUGUUGUUUUGAGGGUGAAAUUUAAUCCACAGGAUUAUGUCAUCAUGGUAACCAAAUUUCAACAUAAACAAACCUCGUAUAAAAUAUGUUGAAUUUGUACCUUUAAAACAACAUCAGAUCUUCAACGUUAUAUUCACUAAAAACCUUUUUUUUAACGGCUGGGCAGCACCUCCUACUGGAGAAUUUAUUUAUCUACAGCUACACUUUGGUCUCUGAUCCAGGGUUUUAACCAAGCCCAGCCCUGCCUAGCUAUAAUAUUUCUCCCUGACUAUUACUAAUGUGGUCCUCUGUAGCUCAGCUGGUAGAGCACGGCGCUUGUAACGCCAAGGUAGUGGGUUCGAUCCCCGGGACCACCCAUACACAAAAAUGUAUGCACACAUGACUGUAAGUCGCUUUGGAUAAAAGCGUCUGCUAAAUGGCAUAUUAUUAUUAUCUUGAGAAUGAUUGUUGAGAGAUCUCCACAUAAAAACUAAAUAGAUGUAGAUGUAGAUGUGAAUCCAACAUAUGAAUUAUCAAUUUGUAGACAAACUGGAAUUAAUGUCAGAGUCAGUGGCACAGAUUGAACUAUCCAAGCAGAAGAUAUAUCUCCUUCAAAUGUUGAUAUUUGGUUGCAUUGACAACCAAACACAAUUCAAUAUUACUUUUGUAAUACAGUAAAUAGCCUAAAGUUAAGGCUAUAUUAAAAACAAAUGUAACAUUCAACCUUAAAAUAAGUAACACAUCCAUGGCCACAUUGAGGUUACUGUAGCUAUACAUUUCUUCUUAUGUAAUCAUAUAAAGCGUGCAUGUUCAAGAUAGCAUGCAUAGGUCGUCACAGGUCUGUGGAGAUCUUCAUAAUUGCUGCAGAAUCUCGAACAGUAUCGAUCACUUGCACCAUAUACUUUCAAUGUAAUCUCAACUGCAAUCCAGGUCAUUUGGUCUGCUAUCAGAUGAAGCACAGUGAUAAUAAACUGUUCUAUAAAUAAGCAAACUAUCUGACAUUGUAUUCCCAUUUGAAUUUUGCUGUGCUUUUAAAUAGUUGAAAGUAUGAUAGACAUUUGAGUAACAACUAAACCAAAAAUCAGACAUUGUUUUUUCAUUGGAAUCUGGUUGUGCUUUUAGAUGGUUGAAAGCAUAGUGAUAACAUAUUGGAAAUUCAACUAACUUUUGGCUGUCUUUUUGAGUAGGUGGAUAUAGGUUGUAAUCUCAUUGAUCAACAUCUCAACCAAAUAUUAGCCAAUUAUCCAAGUUGAAAUGAUGUGGUGUGCCUAGUAGAUACUGCUGAAAAAUCUCCAACAUUGCAUAUUUCUCUCUAGGAUGCCCAAAUCCAGUUGGAUGACUCUCUCCGUUCCAAUGAUGGUCUGAAGGAGAACAUUGCCAUUGUAGAGAGACGUAACAAUCUGAUGCAGGCAGAGCUGGAGGAGCUAAGAACCUGUCUUGAACAGACUGAGAGAGGCCACAAGCUGGCUGAGCAAGAACUGCUGAUGUCAAUGAGAGGGUGCAGCUGCUGCACUCACAGGUAAAGUAGAAUAACUAAUUAUGGAUUUCGUGAUUGUUAGAAAGUUAUUUUCUUAAAAUCUAUGAAUAGAACACUGGCCUGCUGAAUCAGAAGAAGAAACUUGAGGCUGACACCGCCCAGUUUCAGACUGAGGCAGAGGAGGGAGUGCAGAAAUGCUGAAGAAAAGGCAAAGAAGGCCAUUACUGAUGCUGCCAUGAUGGCAGAGGAGCUGAAGAAAGAGCAAGACACCAGUUCUCACCUGGUGCGUAUGAAGAAGAACAUGGAGCAAACCAUCAAGGACCUGCAGCACCGCCUGGAUGAGGCUGAACAAAUUGCCAUGAAGGGGGGCAAGAAGCAGGUGCAGAAGCUGGAGGCCAGAGUAAGCGUAACUUUACAUAUUGUACAUGUACAUACUGUACAUAAGACACAAAAUAAUAAUACUGCAUCCUGUAACAUAAAUGUUAUUUCUUUGUUGUGACAGGUGAGGGAGCUGGAGAAUGAGGUCGAGGCAGAGCAGAAUAAGGGUUCUGAUGCAAUCAAAGGAAUUCGUAAAUAUGAGAGGCGUAUCAAGGAGCUGACCUACCAGGUAUCUUUAGUAACUCUGUCAUUGGCUGUCCAGUCUUUCGACCUUAUAACAAAUGGGUUUAACUUUUUUGGGACAGAAUGAGGAGGACCGUAAGAAUAUGGCCCGCCUUCAAGAACUUUUCGAUAAGCUGCAGCUAAAAGUGAAAUCCUACAAGAGAGCUGAAGAAGAGGCUGUAAGUGUGGACUUUUUGCAUUCAUUCUUGAGGUACUGUCCAGCUGUUUUAGCUCAGGCUACAUUAUGUUUUCUUUUUUUCUGUAUCACAGGAGGAACAGGCCAAUACUAACCUGACCAAGGAUCGCAAGAUACAGCAUGAACUGGAUGAGGCCGAGGAACGGGCCGACAUCGCUGAGUCUCAGGUCAACAAGCUGCAUGCCAAGAGCCGUGAUGUUAGUUCCAAGGUUAGAAUUACCAUAAAAUAUAUGACCUAUGGCUUCUGACCCUGGCAGAUGAUUGCUAACACUCUGUUGGCUAUCUUUCUGUUUCCACUAACCAUUGUUUGCCUUCUAUAUUUUGAUAGAUGGUUUUUAUCUUUUGAUGCCAGAUUUCCACUCACUGGCUGUCUCUCUUUGUCUCCUUUCUUUCCAACAUUCCCUAACAAUCAAGAUAGGAUUUGAUGAAGAGUGAGGCUUUGGACCCUUCUGAAAACCAUGUUUCUGCUGUGUGUAGUAGUGUGGAAUAAAAUCUCUUCAAGCAGUCUGACAAUUAUGUCUCUUACAUUGUGUCCCAGUUACCCAUCCUUGGUCAGAGAGCUUGAAUGCUAAUUUAUCAUCACCAAACUAGAGUAUUUAGAAACAUACACACACAUAUUGAAUGCAGGGUAGAGUUUUUCGUCACCAAUCAUGUUCUGGAGGCAGUUCUGCAGUGUUGUCACUAGCUGGCACAGCCACAAAGUCCUAAGAUCUGAUUUUAAACCUAACCCUAAGCUUAACCAUAACCAUAACCACACUAAUGCCUAACCAUAACCUUAAAUGAAGACUAAAAAGCAAAUGUUUGUUUUCAUGAAUUUUUACAAUAAAGGCCAUUUUGACUUUGCAGCUGGCCCAUCUUUACGGAAAUCACCCAAUUCUGCCUCCAGAACAAGACUCAUGACAAUAAACGUCAAUCUGCAUAUUGAAUGCUUGCUGAAAUUUUUAAGACUUAAUUUACAAAUAGUAAUUGUAACAUUUAUAAUAUUUUCCUAUUUUCACAAAACAAACAAAAGUGUAUUCGAAUCCAAGAUGGCAUAGCAGUGCAGUCGUGUUUUCUGUAGUGUCCUCAUGUAAAUAGCCUGUUUUUUUGUGUAUUUUUCGUAUAUAUUUCUCAAUCUUACUUUCCAUCCUUUAACUAAAUAUACUUUCCUGCAACCCGCCUCACCCAAUGUGGAACGGAUUCUAUUAUUUCUUCAAACAUUUUUAUCCAGAACCUCUGGCUGAAAAUAGCCAGCUAGCCAGCUAACUAGCUACUUGCUAUUAGCCACCGUUAGCGGUCUUCACCAUUGUCCGUGGCCAUGGCCUGCACUACCUACCAGCCAGCUCUAGCCUGGACAAUUAUCGACCAGUCUGCACAUCGCGCUAUCGAGCCAGAGCAUAUCGGAUUUUCUGCCGGAAUCACUGAAUCACUGGACCUUAACACCGGAUCAUCGCAACUAGCUAGCUGCAACCGAAUGGCUGUUGUCGUUGUUGGCUAACCCCAGUUAGCCUUGAGCUAGCCUCGAGCCAGGCCCAUCUCCCGGCUAUCUACCUCUGUCAACUGGACGGGACCUCCUUGUGUUGACACGGAGCCCUGCCGAUCCAUCACGACUGGUCUGCCGACGUAAUCGUCUGAUGUGGUUUCAACAGGCUUCCAGUUGCGAUGACCACGAAGAUCCAUCUGCUAGCUCCGGCCCGCCAGCACACGCAAUCAACAGCCAUGCCUCCAGCUCACUUGUUGCGUAGCAGCCACUGAACUGCUCCCGGACUUACUUAUUGCUGUUCACUGGACCUUAUGAUCACUCAGCUACACAGCUGAUGCCUGCUGGACUGUUCCUUUAUACGGUACCCCAUCCUGUUUAUCUGUUUAGCCUCAGCUCAAACUUUCAUCACCAUUACCAGCUGUUGUCUUAGCUCUCUCGAAUAACACCUGUGACUGCUUUAUGCCUCUCUCCCAUGUCAAUAUGCCUUGCCUAUUGUUGUUUCGGUUAGUUCUAACUGUACUUUUUCAAUGUAGAGUCCCCAGUCCUGCUCAACCUGUCUCAGAUAGCUCCUUUGUCCCACCCCCCACACACGCGGAGACCGGCUCAAUCGGUGCCUCCAGUGAUGCUAUCUCUUUCAUCUUUACCCAACGCUUAGGUUUACCUCCACUGUACUCAUAUCCUUCCAUAUCCUUGUCUGUACAUAAUGCCCUGAAUCUAUUCUACAACGCCCAGAAAUCUGCCCCUUUUAUUCUCUGUACCCAACGCACUAGAAGACCAGAUCUUAAAGCCUUUAGCCGUAUCCUUAUUCUACUCCUCCUCUGUUCCUCUGGUGAUGUAGAGGUUAACCCAGGCCCUGUAGCCCCCAGUAUCACUCCUGCUCCCCAGGCGCUAUCAUUUGUUGACUUCUGUAACUGCAAAAGCCUUGGUUUCUUCCAUGUUAACAUCAGAAGCCUCCUCCCUAAGUUUGAGUUAUUCACUGCGUUAGCACACUCCACCAACCCUGAUGUUCUAGCAGUGUCUGAAUCCUGGCUUAGGAAGGCCACCAAAGAUUCUGAAAUGUCCAUUCCCAACUACAACAUUUUACAUCUAGAUAGAACUAUCAUAUUAUCCAGGUCUGUGCUCAAACAGUUUGAGCUUCUACUUCUAAAAAUCCACCUUUCCAGAAAUAAGUCUCUCACUGUUGCCGCUUGCUACAGACCCCCCUCAGCCCCCAGCUGUGCCCUGAACACCAUAUGUGAAUUGAUUGCCCCCCUUCUAUCCUCAGAGUUCGUAUUGCUUGGUGACCUAAACUGGGAUAUGCUUAACACCCCGGCCAUCCUACAAUCUAAACUAGAUGCCCUCAAUCUCACACAAAUUAUCAAGGAACCUACCAGGUACAACCCUAAAUCCGUAAACAUGGGCACCCUCAUAGAUAUCAUCCUGACUAACUUACCCUCUAAAUACACCUCCGCUGUCUUCAACCAGGAUCUCAGCAAUCACUGCCUUAUUGCCUGCGUCCAUAAUGGGUCUGCGGUCAAACGACCACCCCUCAUCACUGUCAAACGCUCCCUAAAACACUUCAGCGAGCAGGCCUUUCUAUUUGACCUGGCCCGGGUAUCCUGGAUGGAUAUUGACCUCCUUCCGUCAGUAGAGGAUGCCUGGUUGUUCUUUAAAAGUGCUUUCCUCUCCAUCUUAAAUAAGCAUGCCCCAUUCAAAAAAUUCAGAACUAAGAACAGAUAUAGCCCCUGGUUCUCCUCAGACUUGACUGCCCUUGACCAGCACAAAAACAUCCUGUGGCGUACUGCAUUAGCAUCGAACAGCCCCCACGAUAUGCAACUUUUCAGGGAAGUCAGGAACCAAUAUACACAAUCAGUUAGGAAAGCAAAGGCUAACUUUUUCAAACAGAAAUGUGCAUCCUGUAGCACUAACUCCAAAAUGUUUUGGGACACUGUUAAGUCCAUGGAGAAUAAGAGCACCUACUCCCAGCUGCCCACUGCACUGAGGCUAGGAAACACUGUCACUACCGAUAAAUCUACGAUAAUUAAAAAUUUCAACAAGCAUAUUGCUAAGGCUGGCCAUGCUACCCGGGCCACCAGCUCUGCACCCUCCGCUGCAACUUAACCAAUAAGGGUUCUUCGGCUGUCCCCAUAGGAGAACCCUUUGAAGAACCCUUUUUGGUUCCAGGUAUAACCCUUUUGGUUCCAGGUAUAACCCUUUUGGGUUCCAUGUAGAACCCUUUUCACAGAGGGUUCUACGUGGAACACAAAAGAGUUCUACUACCUGGAACCAAAAAGGGUUCUCCAAUGGGACAGCCGAAGAACCCUUUUUUCUAAGAUUGUACUGCUCAUACCGUACCAGGCCAAAACCCCGGCAUUCAAAAAAAGGAAGAGGCAGUGUUAGAGAGGCCGGCGUGCGGGAUAGAGACUACAUGGUGGUUAAACUGCCUCUACCCUCUGUUCUAUUGGCAAACAUUCAAUCACUAGAGAAUAAACUGGACGAGCUCCAUUCACUAUCCUAUCAACGUCAUCUGAAGAACUGUAAUAUCCUAGGUUUUCAGAGUCGUGGCUAAACAAGGACAUGAAAAAUAUAAAUCUAGCAGUUUUUUUCUAUACAUCGGAAGAACAAAACAGCAGCGUCAGGUAAACUCAAGAGGGGUAGUGUGUGUCUCUUUGUUAACAAUAGCUGGUGUGAGAUCUCUAAUUAGGGGCGCAACUUUCACUGGGGACGGGGGGGACAUGUCCCCCCACAUUCUGAAAUUGCAUUUUUAUCCCCCCCAGUUUUAUUAUUGGAAUGUGAUACCAAUCGAGGCAACGGUGUGCUUCAGGACCAUGCGGAGUGUUUAAAACAAUUAUGUCCCCCCCACUUCUAAAACCAAAGUUGCGCCCCUGUCUCUAAAAUUAAGGAAGUCUCGAAGGUUCUGCUCACCUGAGUUAGAAUACCUCAUACUAUUUACCAAGAGAGUUUACAUCUAUAUUUUUUGUAGCUGUCUAUUUACCACCACAAACCGAUGCUGGCACUAAGACCACACUCAACGAGCUGUAUAGGGCCAUAAGCAAACAAGAAAAUGCUCAACCAGAGGCCGCGCUCCCAGUGACCGAUGAUGCCAGCAUGUCACCUGUUCAACUAGAGGCGAAAAAACUCUAGAUCACCUUCACCCUCCAUUUGGUAAAUCUGACCAUAACUUUAUCCUCCUGAUUCCUGCUCACAAGCAAAAACUCAAACAGGAAGUGGUCCAAUGAUGCGGAUGCUAAGCUACAGGACUGUUUUGCUAGCACAGACUGGAAUAUGUUCCUGGAUUCAUCCGAUGGCAUUGAGUUUACCACAUUAGUCACCGGCUUCAUUAAUAAGUUAAUUGACGAUGUCGUCCCCACAGUGACCGUACGUACACAUCCCAACCAGAAGCCAUAGAUUACAGACAACAUCCGCACUGAGCUAAAGGCUAGAGCUGCCGCUUUCAAGGAGCGGGACACUAAUCCGGAGGCUUAUAAGAAAUCCUGCUACGCCCUCCGACGAACCAUCAAACAGGCAAAGCGUCAAUACAGGACUAAGAUCGAUUCCUACUACUCCAGCUCUGACGCUUGUCAGAUGUGCCAGGGUUUGCAAACUAUCACGGGUUAGAAAGGGAAACCCAGCCACGAGCUGCCCAGUGACGCGAGCCUACCAGACGAGCUAAAUUCAUUCUAUUAUCGCUUCGAGGCAAGCAACACUGAACCAUGCAUUAGAGCACCAGCUGUUCUGGAUGACUGUGUGAUCAAUGUCUCUGUAGCCAAUGUGAGUAAGACCUUUAAACAGUUUAACAUUCACAAGGCCGCAGGGCCAGACAGAUUACCAGGACGCUUAGUCAGAGCAUGCGCUGACCAGCUGGCAAGUGUCUUCACUGACAUUUUCAACCUCUCCCUGACCCAGACUGUAGUACCUAAAUGUUUCAAGAAGACCACCAUCGUCCAUGUGCCCAAGAAUGCCAAGGUAACCUGUCUAAAUGAUUAUCGCCCCGUAGCACUCACAUCUGUAUCCAUGAAAUGCUUUGAAAGGCUGGUCAUGGCUGACAUCAACACCAUCAUCCCAGAAACCCUGGACCGACUCCAAUUUGCAUACGGCCCCAACAGAUCCACAGAUGACGCAAUCUCUAUUGCACUCCACACUUCCCUUUCCCACCUGGACAAAAGGUGUCCUUCAAUCACUAAGCUAAGGACCCUGGGACUGAACACCUGCAACUGGAUCCUGGACUUCCUGACGGGCUGCCCCCAGCUGGUGAGGGUAGGCAACAACACAUCCGCCACGCUGACCCUCAACACGGGGGCCCCUCGGGGGUGCGUGCUUAGUCCCCUCCUGUACUCCCUGUUCACCCACGACUGCAUGGCUGCGCACGACUCCAACACAACAAGGCCUACCACACAACGAUGAGACAGCCUAUAUGGAGGAGGUAAGAGACCUGGCAGUGUGGUGGCAGGAAAACAACUUCUCCCUAAACGUCAGCAAGAUAAAGGAGCUGAUCGUGGACUACAGGAAACGGAGGGCUGAGCACACCCCCAUUCACAUUGACAGGGCUGUAGUGGAGCGUGUCUUGAGGCUGAAAAUAUUUGGCAUGGGCUCUCAGGUCCUUCAAAGGUUCUACAGCUGCACCAUUGAGAGCAUCUUGACUGGCUGCAUCACCGCUUGGUUUGGCAACUGCUUGGCAUCUGACCGUAAGGCGCUACAGAGGGUAAUGCGUAUGGCCCAGUACAUCACUGGGGCUGAGCUCCCUGCCAUCCAGGACCUCUGUUCCAGGCGGUCCAGGCGGUUUUACCAGGCGGUAAAAAUGGUCAAAGACUCCAGCCACCCAAGUCAUAGACUGUCCUCUCUGCUACCCCACGGCAAGCGGUACCAGAGUGCCAAGUCUGGAACUAAAAGGCUCCUGAACGGCUUCUACCCCCAAGCCAUAAGACUGCUGAACAGUUAAUCAAAUGUCUACCUGGACUAUUUGCAUUGACCCCCUACUUUUUGCACUGGCUCUAUGCACACUCACUGGACUCUACCCACACACUCAAUCAAUCAAAUGUCUUUAUAAAGCCAGUUUUACAUCAGCAUAUGUCACAAAGUGCUAUACAGAAACCCAGCCUAGAACCCCAAACAGCAAGUGAUGCAGAAGCACACAUUUUUUUUUUUUUACUUUUUUUUUUUUUCAUUUUAGCAUACGCUCUUAUCCAGAGCGACUUACAGUUAGUGAGUGUAUACAUUAUUUUUUUAUUUUUCAUACUGGCCCCCCGUGGGAAUCGAUGCCACACCCCUGGCGUUGCAAACGCCAUGCUCUACCAACUGAGCUACAUCCCUGCCGGCCAUUCCCUUCCCUACCCUGGGCCAAUUGUGCGCCGCCCUAUGGCCCACUAUACUGACACUCCAGCACACACAUUUACAUACAAGCACAUACACUACUCACACACUCUUUACAUUCGCUGCUGCUACUCUGUUUGUUAUAUAUCCUGAUUGCCUAGUCACUUUUACCCCUACGUACAUUUACAUUUUACGUCAAUCACCUCAACUACCUGGUACCGCUGCUCAUUGACUCGGUGCUCGUGCUCCUGGGGCUCUAUAUUUUCAGCUGGUGUUAAAGUGGCGCUCGUGUCAAACGCACGUUAGUUUGCAAUUUCGUCAUGUGAAAACUGUCACACUGAUUUUCCAGCCCUAACUUCAGGUUCGGCAAUUUACCUGUCUUAUAUCAGCUCGCUUGUGCUCAGAUGGGUGGGGUGGAAAUAUUUUAGGUGUGUCCUUAAAAACGUAAUCUAAAGUGCUAAUUUCAGGCAGCGCUGAUAUGUAAAACCAACCUAAAACUGAUUUUAGUGGUAAUGCAGUUGGUUAUGGCAUUAAUUUUGAAUUUUUCGCUGCCUAUCCAGCCUUGACGCAUGGAACAAGAGUAGCCUAAUGUGCUUUUGGUGUCUGUGUGCUUCGCAUUUAGAAAUAUAAAAAAAAGAUUGUUUUUUCCAUUUCGUUUAAUUUGAUAAAAAACCAAGCAUAGCCUCCACUCCUCUCAAUGAAGGCUUUUCUUUUGGUCUGCCCAAUGAAAUCGCGAAGUAGUCAAGACUGUGUCGAUAAAGGGUUUGUCUCCUGAGACCAGAUGGAAAUAAAUCUUAAUCACCAAAGCUUUAUUAAAAUAUCAAGUUUGAGAGAAGUUUGGGCCCUGUGUAGCUCAGUUGGUAGAGCAUGGCGCUUGCAACGCCAGGAUGGUGGUUCGAUUCCCACGGGGGCCAGUAUGGGGGAAAAAAUAUUUUAAAAAAUGUAUGCACUCACUAACUGUAAGUCGCUCUGGAUAAGAGCGUCUGCUAAAUGACUAAAAUGUAAAUGAGUAAAACAGUGAGCUGACAUUGCUUUUUUAUCUAUGCAUUGUAGGCAGGCCCACAUUAUUUUAGCCAUGCUGGUCCCGUUUUGGAUGUGCGUAAAACCCCCUCCCUGAUGUAAGCUACGUGUCCAUGCCCAUCAUGAAACGAGAGAUGAGAACAUCUGUGAAUACCUAGAAGUUAUAUGUAACCUGUACAAGUUGCUUCUUUUCCGUUUCAUAUGUUCAAAACUCAAGCCCUUCCUUAGGCCUAAUAUAACAUAGGCUGGUUCGACAGCAAUGUGUGUCUUUUUUAUCCUGGCUAUUUCAUGAUGUAGUACAUUUUCCAUUUAUUUAUUAUUGUUGUUAAAAAAAAAACGUUUCGCUUGUUUUUCGUAAAAUACUAUUACAACCAAAGUUAUUAGAAUGAUUCACCUUCCUGGUUUUAUGGUGACAACAUCCGUGGCACGCUUGCAAUGCAACUUCUGGAGAUGUGUGAAUGCGAUCUGAUCUGUAAGAUGGUUUCUAUUAUAUUAUUAAAACAUAGGCCUAUUUGGGAGCAGUAUAACGGUGAGUGGACAUUCUCCCUUUCUCUUUAUAUUGGAUCUUUGUCCAGCUACUGUGAAAAGCUUGGAUGUGCGUAAAACCCUCCAUAGUCUGCGUUGUUUUAAUAUUAUAUGCCCACAGGGAGAAAUUAUGGUGCCUGUCAGUGUGACAUAGCCUAUAUAAAACAAGUUGAUGAUUCGUUUUGUUUAGAAUUUGAUUCAAAUUAUUAAUUGUCUUUUUAGGCCUUAUCAAUAAUUAAUUUCAUCUUGCUUAUUGACAAUGUUUGGCAUGUCCAUUCUCAGCCAUAAUGCAAUUUACAGUAGGCCUAGCCCCUAUAUAUCAGUGUGAAUGCUAUUGAAGCCAUGCAAUUACUUAGAACAAUGUGGACUGCAAAUGGGUUCAAGCAGUGGAGGCUCCUCAGUGGAGGAAGGGGAGGACCAUCGUACUCAGUGAAUUUCAGAAAAAAUAAAAGUGAAACAUAAAAAAAGUUAUUACUUUUAGAUAAAACUAUACUAAAUAUAUUCACGUCACUAAAUAAUUGAUUAAAACACACUGUUUUGCAAUGUAGGUCUACAGUAGCCUCAACAGCACUCUGUAGGGUAGCACCACGGUGCAUAAAAUGUGGUGAGUAGUUGACUCAAAGAGAGAGAAAUAUAAUAGUUGAACAGUUUUGAACAAAUUCAUGUAUUCCCAAAUUAAGGAGAAGCAAGAGAGAGAGAGAGAAAGACAGAGAGCUGUAUUUCGUAGUAUAUAUUUCUUUCACUUUCGCCUGGUCACAGACAGCUGAUGUGUUGUGCACUGAAGUCCACAAGCGAAGGGAAAAGGUGAGAGGAGAAUGCGUAGAUAGAUGCGAGACGGAAUUAUAUAUACAAUGAGCUGUUUGUAUGUGGCUGCUAUGAAAGUGAACUGUGUGUGCGUGUAUUCAUUGUGCCGAUUCUGUUGAAAAAUGUUUCUUAAAUGGAAGCAAACGAAAUGAAACAAGGAUAAACAUACAUGAAUUUGUCCAAUAGAAACUCUCGUUUGCAACUGUUGAACUAAUGAUUACACCCUAGAUCAGCUAGAUGCAGGCAAGAGUGUGCAAGGUGUUAUUGAAUGUGUCACUGUCUGUCACCUUGAUUGCAAAAAUUCUCAACCUGCCUAGGUUGUAACAACAUGCUAAGAGCUUAUGAUAAAUGAUAAUCAAUAUUAGUAAAUUAUGCCUUCUUCCACACUGAUCAAGGCAGUGAAAUCUUAACAGUUUCAUAAUUUACUUCACUAGGGCAGCUUUCCAGUCAGCUUGAGGAAAAGGAAUCCCUUGUAUCUCAGCUGAGUAGAGGGAAGCUGUCCUACACUCAGCAGAUUGAGGACCUCAAAAGACAACUGCAGGAGGAGACAAAGGUGAGAGAUGAAUAUGUUCAUCUGAAGCUAUAUAAGAUACUGUAAUCUCCUUAGCUAAUAAUACACAAUGUGUGAAAAUAUUUGUCUCCCAAGCAAAAAAUGCACUAGACCAUGCAGUGCAGUCUGCUCGCCAUGACAGUGACCUGCUUAUAGAGCAGUAUGAGGAACAACAGGAAGCCAAAGCUUGGCUGCAGCGUGGCAUGUCCAAGGCUAACUCUGAGGUGGCUCAGUAGAGAACUAAGUACAGUGAGGGAAAAAAGUAUUUGAUCCCCUGCUGAUUUUGUACGUUUUCCCACUGACAACGAAAUGAUCAGUCAAUAAUUUUAAUGGUAGGUUUAUUUGAACAGUGAGAGACAGAAUAACAACAAAAAAAUCCAGAAAAACGCAUGUUAAAAAUGUUAUAAAUUGAUUUGCAUUUUAAUGAGGGAAAUAAGUAUUUGACCCCCUCUCAAUCAGAAAGAUUUCUGGCUCCCAGGUGUCUUUUAUACAGGUAACGAGCUGAGAUUAGGAGCACACUCUUAAAGGGAGUGCUCCUAAUCUCAACUUGUUACCUGUAUAAAAGACACCAGUCCACAGAAGCAAUCAAUCAAUCAGAUUCCAAACUCUCCACCAUGGCCAAGACCAAAGAGCUCUCCAAGGAUGUCAGGGACAAGAUUGUAGACCUACACAAGGCUGGAAUGGGCUACAAGACCAUCGCCAAGCAGCUUGGUGAGAAGUUGACAACAGUUGGUGCGAUUAUUCGCAAAUGGAAGAAACACAAAAUAACUGUCAAUCUCCCUCGGCCUGGGGCUCCAUGCAAGAUCUCACCUCGUGGAGUUGCAAUGAUCAUGAGAACGGUGAGGAAUCAGCCCUGAACUACACAGGAGGAUCUUGUCAAUGAUCUCAAGGCAGCUGGUACCAUAGUCACCAAGAAAACAAUUGGUAACACACUACGCCGUGAAGGACUGAAAUCCUGCAGUGCCCGCAAGGUCCCCCUGCUCAAGAAAGCACAUCCGUCUGAAGUUUGCCAAUGAACAUCUGAAUGAUUCAGAGGAGAACUGGGUGAAAGUGUUGUGGUCAGAUGAGACCUAAAUCGAACUCUUUGGCAUCAAAUCAACUCGCCGUGUUUGGAGGAGGAGGAAUGCUGCCUAUGACCCCAAGAACACCAUCCCCACCGUCAAACAUGGAGGUGGAAACAUUAUGCUUUGGGGGUGUUUUUCUGCUAAGGGGAAAGGACAACUUCACCGCAUCAAAGGGACGAUGGACGGGGCCAUGUACCAUCAAAUCUUGGGGGAGAACCUCCUUCCCUCAGCCAGGGCAUUGAAAAUGGGUUGUGGAUGGGUAUUCCAGCAUGACAAUGACCCAAAACACACAUGGCCAAGGCAACAAAGGAGUGGCUCAAGAAGAAGCACAUUAAGGUCCUGGAGUGGCCUAGCCAGUCUCCAGAUCUUAAUCCCAUAGAAAAUCUGUGGAGGGAGCUGAAAGUUCGAGUUGCCAAACGUCAGGCUUGAAACCUUAAUGACUUGGAGAAGAUCUUUUUGUUGUUAUUCUGUCUCUCACUGUUCAUAUAAACCUACCAUUAAAAUUAUAGACUGAUCAUGUCUUUUUCAGUGGGCAAAUGUACAAAAUCAGCAGGGGAUCAAAUACUUUUUACCCUCAUUGUAUGAGACUGAUGCCAUUCAGAAAACUGAAGAACUGGAGGAAGCUAAGUAAGAAAUCAUGACAGUCAUAACAGAAAUGUAUCCACUCUUCUACUGAAAUGUUUUUGAAGAAAGACACUGUUUCUCUUGUAGCAGAUAGGCUUUUUUGUUUGUCUUAUGUUUCUUCUAAAAUGUAAGACAAACAAAAAGUUUGUCUGAUAGCUGACCACGCAGCUAUUAGUAAGUGUCCAAGGUUAAUUUACCUAUGAAGCAAAAUAAAUCACACUGCAGAUACUACAUUUCUCCUGUUUCUGAUUCUUUAAACUAGGAAGAAACUGGAUCAACGCCUGCAGGAUGCUGAAGAAGCUGUGGAGGCAGUGAACGCCAAGUGUUCCUCCUUGGAGAAGACCAAACACAGACUGCAGAAUGAGAUUGAAGAUCUCAUGGUAGAUGUGGAGAGAUCUAAUGCCGCUGCUGCUGCUCUGAACAAGAAACAAAAAAACUUUGACAAAGUAAACAUUUUAAGCCGUAGAUAAAUAUCUUAAAUUAGAGGUGCAUGAUCCUUUCUUUUAAAUGACAUUUUUGUUUGAUUGUUUCCAACAGAUUCCUAACAGCUGAGAUUUCCGACCUUACUCAGCAACUUGGCGAGGGAGGAAAGAGCAUCCACGAGCUGGAGAAAAUAAGGAAACAGCUGGAAAAGGAGAAAAGUGAGAUCCAAUCUGCUCUGGAGGAAGCUGAAGUAGGUGCCCUCUGUCCAGUAUCGAUUCAUAAUAUCUUGUACGAACUUAUACUGUACACCUUUAUAAUAAACCUGAACCAUUGUGAUCUAACAGGCUUCUCUGGAGCAUGAAGAGGGUAAGAUUCUGAGAGCCCAGCUAGAGUUCAAUCAGGUAAUGGCUGAUAUUGAGCGCAAGCUGGCUGAAAAGGACAAGGAGAUGGACCAGUCCAAGAGGAAUCUGCAGAGGAACAUUGAUACCCUGUAGCGCUCGAGGCAGAGCGCCAGAGCAGGACCGAAGCCCUUAGGCUGAAGAAGAAGGAAAUCCAGCUCAGCCAAUCCAACAGGCAGGCAUCAGAGGCCCAGAAUCAGCUGAAGAGCGUUCAUGCUCAUCUGAAGGUAAAUCCGGAGUAAAACAUAUCAGAUUAUUUAAGGUCUACAUCUGGUAAAAAGCAAUUGACUUAAUUCAUUGUACAAAUGUCUUGUCUUCUAGGAUGCCCAACUCCAGUUGGAUGACUCUCUUCGUUCCAAUAAUGAUCUGAAGGAGAACAUUGCCAUUGUAGAGAGACAUAACAAUCUGAUACAAGCAUAGCUGGAGGUGCUAACUAACUGUCUUGAACAGACUCAGAGAGGUCGCAAGCUGGCUAAGCAAGAGCUGCUGGACAUCAGUGAGAGGGUGCAGCUGCUGAACUCACCGGUGUGAAAAUGAUUAUUUAGGGAAUUUAGCAAUAGUAUGUUACUGUUGUAUUGUUUAUUUCCUGUGGAGUGUCCCACUCUAUAACAGUGGAAACAUAUUCCCAUCUGUAGAACACCAGCCUGCCAAACCAAAAGGAGAAGCUGGAGGGCGACACAAACCAGCUUCAGACUGAGGCAGAGGAGGCAGUGCAGGAGUGCAGAGGAGCUGAAGAAAGAGCAGGACACCAGUUCUCACCUGGAGCGUAUGAAGAAGAACAUGGAGCAAACCAUCAAGGACCUGCAGCACCGUCUGGAUGAGGCUGAACAAAUAGCUUUGAAGGGGGCAAGAAGCAGGUGGAGAAGCUGGAGGCCAGGGUAAGUGUAACUUUACAUUACAUAUUGAGCCAUUUGCAAAAUAAUAAUACUGCAUCCUGUAACAUAAAUGUUAUUUAUUUGUUGUGACAAGUGAAGGAGUUGGAGAAUGAGGUUGAGGCUGAGCAGAAGAAGGGUGCUGAUGCAAGCAAAGGAAUUCCUAAAUAUGAGAGGUGCAUCAAGGAGCUGACCUACCAGGUAUCUUUAGUAACACUGUCAUUGGCUGUCCAGUCUUUCGACCUUAUAACAAAUGGGUUUAACUUUUUUGGGACAGAAUGAGGAGGACCGUAAGAAUAUGGCCCGCCUUCAAGAACUUUUCGAUCACCUACCAGGUAAUCUUUUUUUAUAUAGUUGUUACCAUGACAGGCAAGCAUAGAUUUGUGCUUUUCAUCAACUAACUGCUAUUUGCUAUGGAUUCUGUCUUUACAGACUGAUGAGGACUGCAAGAAUAUGGCCCGCCUCCAAGACCUUGUCGAUAAGCUGCAGCAGAUGGUGAAAGCCUACAAGAGAGCUGCCGAGGAAGCUGUAAGUGUGGACUUACUUAUAAUAUUGGGGACCUUUCGCUUGCUUAAGUGUAUCGGUCUCUGCUUUUGCUAUAAUUAUGCUUGUUGUGUUUCCGUGUCACAGGAGAAGCAGGCCAACAACCAUCUGGGCAAGUCCACAAAAUACAGCAUGAGCUGGACGAGGCUGAGGAAAGGGCCGACAUCGCUGAGUCUCAGGUCAACAAGCUGCGUGCUAAGUUAAUUUCCAGAUUCUUGAAUAUCAUUUUAAUUUUUUUAUUCUAGUAUUUCAAUAUCAUAAGCAAAAGUAGAAAAUAUAUAUAUUUUUUUUUUGUUGUGAGUGACUAUGUAACCACAUGUAAACAUUCAUAAAGCAACAUUCUUAUUCAAACCCAAAAAAUCAGACCAAAACUACAUUGAAAUAUAUUUUAUUUUUUAAGUAAAGAAUUAUAACAGUAUUAUCAUAAUGCAUCAGAUUUUAUCACCUGCCUUUGUCAAUAUAUAGCCUGUAUUUGUCAUAUAGGAUUGGUAUUCUGUAUGUGUCAUGCUAGUAAUUAUACUUUUAAGAGGAAUUGGUGGUCAGUUGGUUAGUCAAAGUGAUUCCAAAUUACACUUUUUACAGUAUCCUGUUAUGAGAGUUGGUUCUUAUCUUCAGGUCUUGAUAAGUCUACACCAUUAGAAUGUGUUACUUACCUUGUGAAAUGUUACUUCAAAAGUAUUAAAAUACGUAGCCAUCCAGUCUUUCUGAUAGUUAAGUCUAGUUAAAUAUUUAGCCUAGGUAAUUGGUUAGUGAAUGGAUUAAGGAGGUGAUGAGGAUGUAGCUGAAGUGUCAUCAACUGUUACACUUAUGUGAAGUGUCAUAAAAAAAGAGUAAUUUAUCAGUGUAUUAUGAUGUUUAAGUGACAAAUCAAGGGCCUUAUAUUGAAGAGUCCAAGAUUUAGGACACCUUUUCAUCACUUGCAAUGUUGUAUUGUCACGGUGGCUAAAUGAAUCCACAGAAUGGUUCUGGGCACUGUAAAAACCCACUUUUACUACUACUAGGUAGACUCCCUAAACAAGUAUAUGCUUUUAGUUUUCAGAAAGAGGAAGUGUUUGUUCAUAAGCUAGUUUGUAAACAAAGACAAUGUUUUAUUGCUAUGGCACGUUUGAUGUAAUACAGUGCCUUCAGAAAGUAUUCAUACCCCUUGACUUAUCGCACAUUUUGUUGUGUUACAGCCUGAAUUCAAAAUGGAUUAAAUAUUUAAAAUAUUCUCACCCAUCUAUACACAAUACCCCAUAAUGACCAAAUGAAAGCAUGUUUUUAGAAAUUUCAGCAAAGUUAUUGAAAAUGAAAUACAGAAAUAUCUAAUUUACAUACGUAUUCACACCCCUGAGUCAAUACUUUGUAGAAGCACCUUUUGCAAUGAUUACAGCUGUGAGUCUUUCUGGGUAAGUCUCUAAGAGCAUUCCACACCUGGAUUGUGCAACACUUGCCCAUUAUUCUUUAAAAAUUCUUCAAGUUGUUGAUCAUUGCUAGACAACCAUUUUCAAGUCUUCCCAUAGAUUUUCAAUUAGAUUUAAGUCAAAACUGUAACUCGGCCACUCAAGAACAUUCACUGUCUUCUUGGUAAGCAACUCCAGUGUAGAUUUGGCCUUGUGUUUUAGGUUAUUGUCCUGCUGAAAGGUGAAUUAAUCUCCCAGUGUCUGGUGGAAAGCAGACUGAAGCAGGUUUUCCUCUAGGCUUUUUCCUGUGCUUUUUCAGUUUUUUUAUCCCAAAAAACACCCCAGAUCUUAACGAUUACAAGCAUACCCAUAACAUGAUGCAGCCACCACUAUGCUUGAAAAUAUGGAGAGUGGUACUCAGUUAUGUGUUGUAUUGGAUUUGCCCCAAACAUAACACUUUGUAUUCGUGACAAAAAGUGAAUUGCUUUGACACAUUUUUUUGCAGUAUUACUUUAAUGCCUUGUUGCAAACAGGAUGCAUGUUUUGGAAUAUUAAUAUUAUGUACAGGCUUCCUUCUUUUCACUCUGUCAAUUAGGUUAGUAUUGUGGAGUAACUACAAUGUUGUUGAUCCAUCCUCAGUUCUCUCCUAUCACAGCCAUUAAACUAUGUAACUGUUUGAAAUUCACCAUUGGCCUCAUGGUGAAAUCCCUGCGUGGUUUCCUUCCUCUCGGGCAACUGAGUUAGGAAGGCCACCUGUAUCUUUGUAGUGACUGGGUGUAUUGAUACGCCAUCCAAAAUGUAAUUAAUAACUUCACCAUGCUCAAAGAGAUAUUCAAUGUCUGCUUUUUUUACCUAUCUACCAAUAGGUGCCUUUCUUUGCGAGGCAUUGGAAAACCUCCCUGGCCUUUGUGGUUGAAUCUGUGUUUGAAAUACACUGCUCGACUGAGGGACCUUACAGAUCAUUGUAUGGGUUGGGUACAGAGAUUAGGUAGUCAUUAAAAAAUCAUGUUAAACACUAUUAUUGCACACAGAGUGAGUGCAUGCAACAUAUUACGUGACUUGCUAAGCACAUUCUUACUCCUGAACUUACUUAGGCUUGCCAUAACAAAGGGGUUGAAUACUUCUUGACUCAAGACAUUUCAGCUUUCCAUUUUUAAUGAAUUUGUACACAUUUCUAAAAACAUAAUUCCACUUUGACAUUAUGGGGUAUUGCAUGUAGGCCAGUGACAAAGCAUCUCAAUUUAAUACAUUUUAAAUUCAGGCUGUAACACAAAAAAUGUGGAAAAAGUGAGAGUGUGAAUACUUUCUGAAGGCACUGUACAGUCUUAACUCUAUAGGCUAGAUUUCCACUUUAUCUACUAAAGCUUGACCAGUGCUUACCAAUAUCUUCUCUCCCUGAUGUAUCUCUCUAUUCUCUAGUUCUUUCCCAUCACAGAAAGGGCAUGAUGAAGAGUGAAGCUCUUAGAUGGAUCUCUGAAACCUUCUGCUGUGGU